UAGAGUUGUGCUCGUGCCCAAACAGACCCUGUUGAAAUUAUCACUCCCUUCUCUCCGUUGUAUAUUUUCUCAGUUAGAUUCCGGCGGAAGAUCCCCUCUCUCUCUCUCUCUCUGGAUCAACAUCUAUGUCAACAUCUCGGAUCGCCUAUUUGAUCUUUCAGAUUAUUAGGAUGGAACAAGAGCAGACAAAUGCAGCUGCUGCAAUUAGCAAACAUUUGCCUGACAAGGAUAUUGACAUUAUAGUGACAUACAGUGACAUCUCCGGUGAUGUUCAAAUCAAAAGUGUGAAGUCAAAGGACUUGUCUGCUUCUUGGGUUUGGAAGAAUCCUAUUGAUGAUCAUACACAGAGUUCCAAGCCAUUUGCAAAACCAUUACAAUUUGACACAAGAUUUGAAGACAGUGAUAAUCAUUAUACUAAUGAAAGUUUAACUGGAGACGAAAUACAACAUCGCGGUCCUCCGGUUCAUCCUCUGAAAAUAAAGCGUCAGAAGUUACGCCUAGAAAGGAGGAAGCGGCGAACUUUAGAGCUAAUCGAACAAGGCAAAGAGAUAGACAGCGAGAUGAAUGCAGCUGCAGCUGAACAAGCUAGAACGCUGGACACUACUGUUAUGGGUAGAUACAGUAUAUGGAGAACAAAAUAUGAAAAUCCAAAUUCUGAUUCUACCCUGAAAGUUUCAUCUGUUCCCAAUCUUUCCAUUAUCCAUGUAGGUUUGUGUUUUUUAUAUAUUUUCUGUUCUUUAUUAAGUGCACUUGACCGGGCAAAAGAAAUGGGUCACAUCCUGGCUCUAGCAAAAGACCAACUAUAUGACUGUAUCGAAGUAGCAAGGACGCUAAGGGCCAUGCUUCAGAUGAAAGAAACAAAUGUACUUGAAAUGAAGAAAAAAAGUGCAUUCUUGACUCAGUUAGCUGCAAAAACAGUUCCAAGACCACUGCAUUGCCUGCCACUACUUUUAGCAACAGACUAUUUACUGCAUUGCCUGCCACUGAAAAUCUUAUUUCUGAAUGAUGAUAUUGUUGUUCAGAAGGAUCUAACACCUUUAUGGUCAGUUGAUUUAAAAGGGAUGGUGAAUGGUGCAAUAGAGGCCUGUAAGGAGAGCUUUCAUAGAUUGGAUAAGUACCUGAGUUUCUCUAAUCCAAAUAUAUAUGAGAAUUUUGAUCCAAAUGCUUGUGGUUGGGCGUUUGGAAUGAACAUGUUUGAUCUGAAAGAGUGGAGGCUCCGCAAUAUUACUGGCAUUUAUCGUCGCUCGCAAGACAUGGUAACUGAAUGAAGAUAGAACUCUUUGGAAACCUGGAACACUGCCUCCUGGACUGAUAACUUUUUAUAAUCUGACUUAUCCAUUGGACCGGACCUGGCAUGUGUUGGGACUUGGCUAUGAUCCGGCCCUCAACCAAACAGCAAUUCAGGAUGCAGGUGUGGUCCACUAUAACGGAAACUACAAACCUUGGUUGGACCUUGCCACAGACAAAUACAGGUCUUAUUAGUCUAAAUACGUUAUGUUUGAUAACCCAUAUCUUAAACUUUGCAACAUUGGCUAGUAAUGGUUGCUGAUGCACAACACUUGCUACGUUUAUUCAUUCCACCAUUACUUCUCAGCAUCUCUGUCUUGUACGUAACAUGCUAUGAAGCUCUGCAUAUACAAGCUCCAAAUGCCCCGGACUCCAAUGAGAUUGUAAGCUUUUGCAGAAUUGAGUGUAGAACUGAUUAUCCAGGUAGAGGCGCUGAGCUUUGAGGCAUGAUUCUCUAAUGCAGAUUGCAGAUUGAGGAUAGGUUUAAAGGGCUGAUAUAGGCACUAACCAAUAAUAGUUUCAAGUUUCAACAGUGGAUUUUGUGAUAUUAGAAGAAAAAUAUAUGUAUGUGGUGUAAACUCUCAUUUUUGGGUAACUUCUAUUAUAUGUGAUAAUCCAGAAGUAAAACAAUAUAUGAUGUGUGAAUUUUCAUUUUCUUGGUUA